AAUAAACUAACGCUGAGAAUUAUAAUCAGGUCGAGAAAAAAUUAUUUAUGGAUUGGCACUUGAAAUAUACAACAGGAAGUUUUUUUAUAGCGAUCAAAUAUGAAAUUUAAAACUGAACUGUGACAUUGAAAUCCAUAAUUGCUUGUAUCUUACUCAUGACAAUUUCUCCCUUUUCUUUUUAAUAAAUUUUUUUUCACAUUUAUGAAUGCUAAAGUAGGGGUUAACUCUGCAGCUUACAGCAAAAGUUUGGCUCCUAAAAUUUAAGCUGGAAUUAAGCUUGAAGUUGAUAGUUUACGAUUUUCUGCUCUUUCUAAUUCUCUACUCUUAUGUCGAACUGGUUAUUUCUUUAAUGCCACGGGAAUAGUAUAUCUUUUUUUUUUGAAAUGGAGACGAGUUUGAGCAAGAAGGAGCGGCACCUACUGAGGAGUAAGAACUUCGCCAAGAGACCCACCCUCUCCAACGAUCACCGGGAAGUGCAUGUACUAGCUGUCGCGGGUACUGAUUCCGAGCAUGCAGCUUCCAGCUCCGGUGAUUAUCUGGCACUCCAGCGAGUUUUCCACUCGGCCAAGUGGAAGGCGGAGGCUGGCGCAUGGAUGUCACGUGACGAGGCACUCUCAAUCGCACCCAUCGCCUCUGGUCUUUACCAGAUAGGAGUCGUGAAGUCAGCCGCAUUCGUGUCAAAUGUGGACAUUGUGUACAUAGGUCACACGGGAUCAGAGACAACUUUGAGGGAAACUAUUCUACCCGUACUGUUCGGCUGGGAAGAAUGUGCAAGUGACCAGCUGGCAAUGUUUCUCGUAAAUCCGGCAAACAAGAAUCGAAUUAGAGUUCGCUGGUGUACCAGUGUCUGUCCCGAAGAGCUUAUUGACGAAUGUGUUGACGAAUUCAUCGCCACCAGUCACAAGGUGCCUCGAUUCAACGCACCCCUGGAAAGCUUGAGGGGUCUGUGGACGCUGGAGGACCGUUACGAGUCACCUACUCAUGAGAGCGCUGAUGAGACUGAUGAUGUUAUGCAUGUUUAG